CCAGGUGAAUUCCCUGGAAUUCGCCCUUUUCCCCUCGCCCUUUUCCCCUCCCCCCGCGCUCCUCGGGCACUUUCGCUUUCGCGUCUCUCCAGCUGCGCCACAGCCGCGAUCGGGGACGGCUGCGAUGGCUCCAGCGCUGGGGCUGGGGGUGCUCUGGGGGCUCCUGGGGCUUCUGGGGAACCCGGGGAGCGCGACCAAAGUUCUCCACUCACUGCAUUACCUGAAAGUGGCGGUGUCAGAGCCCAGCCUGGGGGCCCCCCAGUUCAUGGCCAUUGGGUUUGUGGAUGGGAUCCCCUUCGUGCGCUAUGACAACGAGCGGGGCCGGGUGGAGCCACUGACGCAGUGGAUAAAGGAUGGAGUCGAUCCAGAAUAUUGGGAUAGGGAGACCCAGAAGCUUGUGGGACACCAGCACACAUUUGUCAAGGACCUGGAGACACUGCGGGAGCGGUACAACCAGAGCGGGGGUCUCCACACGAGAUUGCGAGUUUCUGGCUGUGAGCUCCUGUCCGAUGGGAGCGUCCGUGGAUCCCACCUGGAUGGCUACGAUGGGCGAGAUUUCAUCUCCUUUGACCUGGAAUCUGGGAGAUUAGUGGCGGCUGACAGCGGUGCUGAGAUCACCAGGAGAUUCUGGGAACAGGAUGGGACCGUGGCUGAGUAUUGGACGAAUUACCUGAAGCACAUCUGCCCAGAAUGGCUCCAGAAAUACAUCAGAUAUGGGCAGAAGGAGCUGGAGCGCAAAGAGCCCCCUGAUGUCCACGUGUCUGGAAGAGAGGAACACAGGACGCUGAUCCUGUCCUGCCACGCGUACGGAUUCUACCCCAACAGCAUCGCAGUCAGCUGGAUGAAGGGGGGUGAAACCUUGGAUCAGGAGACGGAGUGGGGUGGGAUCGUUCCCAACAGCGACGGCACCUUCCACACCUGGGCCAGGAUCGAGGUGCUGCCGGAGGAGCGGGAGCAGUACCGGUGCAGGGUGGAGCAUCCCGGAAUGCCAGAGCCCGGGAUCUUUGCUUGGGAGCCGACAUCUGGCAGGAAUCUCACUGUGGUGGUCGCUGUGUCUGUCAUCGCUGCCAUCCUCAUCCUCAUCGUCCUCAUCGGAUUCAGCGUCUGGAAGCUCCAAUCCGGGAGGAGAGACAGGAAUGGAUACAACCCGGCAGCUGGAAAAGACAUGGGAAUGAACGGCUCCACUGCAGGAAUCACUGCCUGAGUGAUCCAUGGAGUUGCAUCUGGCCCCUUCCCUCUUCCCUGGAAAGCUGAGAGCUGCCAGCAGAGCUCAUCCCGCUGCUCCCACCCACCCCACAGCUCUUGCUAACAGAUCCAUUUCCCAUUUUCCAAUGUUUUAAAGGCAAGAACCACAAAUAUUCACAAUGCUUCGCUUCUGGUGUGAAACUAUCCUGCUUUGGGCAAUAAAUCUGGGUUCCCUCCUCCAGUGUCUGGCAGUUCAUCUCUGUGAGCCAGGAAUGGGAAUGGGGUCACUGGAGCAGGGAUGGGGACACCAGGAGCAGGAUGGGAACACCAGGGGCAGGAUGGGGGCUUGUCAGCCACACCUGGCUGUUGGGAUUUUAGCUGACUAGAGAUUGGAAAAGUACAAGGCCGUGGCUAAUUCCAAGUCCUGCACCUGUGUUCUGGGGUGAUGUUAUGAUGAUAGUGAUAGAUGGAGCUUUAAGUGACUAAAGUGAAAAGGGGGAAUCCUACAGCUCUGUAAUAUAGGACCUGGAUUCAGUGGUCCAGUGUGGGGAUGUGAUGAAGUCAUGAUGGGUAUUGCUUGUAAAUUUUGGGGGAACGGAUGGAAAUUUUGUAUGAAUAAUGCAUGAUGUGUUGUAGUAUGUUGAUGAUAUGGGGAUAAGGGGUGGAAUGUCCUGGGGUGACGUUAUGAUGCUUGUAUCCCCAUUCAUAUGUUCUGUGCCUUUAAGACUGGCUCUGAAGAGUGGAAGUUUUGUUUGGGUUUCUCUUAUCAGGGACACAGAGACGGGCAGUAUAUAGGGCUGUUUUUACUUCUUGCUUUCAGCUUGCUGCUUUGCUGGCUCUCUUUUCUGCUCUCCUUUGGCCUCUGCUUAUUAGCUAGUUCUAGCUAAACAGUCCAAAUUCCUUCCUGGACUGUUUCUCCUCUCCUGUUUCUGUGACCAUCUCAAACCUGCUCCGGACUGGGACCUGGGAACACCGAGAGUUUGCACCUUGUGGCUGCAGCAGCUGCCCCAAGAGUCGGAGGGACUGAGAACAGAGCAAAAAUCCCCAAGAGAGACUUUCUGAAUUUGUCACCUUUUUCACAGCGGUGUCAUCGGGUAUUGUUCAUUUUGUAUGCUGGGGGGUGCUGUGUCUGUCAAAUAAACAGGUU